UCAAGCGUUCCUCUGUGAAGACAGAAAACUACAGAACAUGCAUCUCUGGAUGCUAACCCUUGUCUGCACGACUGUGUACGGCAUUAGCCGUAUUUCACAGCCAGAUUUGAAAGCUGUCAACUUUGCAAAAGCAAUAGCGGGAUAUAAGCUCAAUGGAAGCGUGAUCAAGGAAAUAGAAGUUGAUUCUGAACUUUCAUGUCAGCUUGCGUGUGUUGGUGAAGAGAAAUGCCAGUCUUACAACUUUGGACCCACCAAUGGCACAAAUACUACAAAGAAAAACGCUGAAAUAUUCAGGUGUCAACUGAGCGACUCAGAUCGAUUUGUUGGCUUUGCAAACUUCACCAAAGAUAAACAGUUUAUUUAUAAAGGACGCCAGAGUACCUGUGAGACGGACAGUUCCCCUUGUGGUGACAAAGGAAUCUGCAUCCCCAACUAUCAAGAUGACACCGUGCAAUGCAAGUGCAAUGAUGGAUUCAUAGGAACGCCUUGCAAGCCCAUCAAAAGCUGUUCCAAACUCAUUCAAUUUGGUUUGAUAUCCAGUGGCGUGUACGCAAUUAGUCUAGAUGGCGGCAAACCAAUACAAGUGUUGUGUGACAUGACCACGGAUGGUGGAGGUUGGACAGUUUUUCAGCGACGUUUAGACGGCUCUGUUGACUUCUAUCUUGGUUGGGAAUCCUACAAAAACGGGUUUGGAGAUCUGAAAGGCGAGUUCUGGCUUGGAAAUGACAAUCUUCACCGUUUGACAGCCACUGAUGACACCAUACUGAGAGUUGACCUGGAAGACUUCGAUGGGAACAAAACAUACGCUGAGUACACGACUUUUAAGGUGGCAGACGAGGCAGAUAAGUACCGGCUUUUGAUUGGAGGAUACAAUGGUACGGCUGGUGACUCGAUGGCAUUCCAUAAUGGUAUGAAGUUUUCUACGAUAGAUAACGACAAUGACCAGUAUAGUGGCAAUUGCUCACAAAUGUACAAAGGAGCCUGGUGGUACAAUGAUUGCCAUUCGUCCAAUCUGAACGGCGAUUACCUUAAUGGUUCACAUUCUUCUUAUGCCGAUGGCGUAGAAUGGUACAUGUUCAGAGGUCACCACUAUUCUCUGAAACGGACAGAGAUGAAAGUUAAAACCAAAGUCUAACUCUGAACUCCGGUCAUUCAACAUUCCGGCACGAGAACAAUUGACCAUCUAGAACCGCAAUAGUGUGGAACUUUCUUUUGGUAGCAAAGGCUAGUCUAGGUUACUAUUUUGGAUGGGUAUCUAGUAUUUAUAACUGUAGCAAACUGUUUCAUUUUUUUGUGCAUUAUUUAUGAUAUUAGUUCAGAAUACAUUACGUUGUGCUAAGGAUGGCUGCGUGCCGGAGUGAGAGGCCUGGGUUUGUAUUUCAGAAGUCUGUCUGUCUGUCUGUCUGUCUGUCAGAGUCUGUCUGCCGGUCUGAUCAGUGACUACAUUGGCGCUACAAGAUUUCUAAUACGAUGCUCCUUAUUUCAUCUUGUUCAUCGCUGAUACUAACUUGUAAACAUGCCGAGGGAAGCUUUUUUUCUUCGCUCACUCUUUCUCGUUUGCGUGUCUUCCUUUGCACUUGUCGCCAGUCCCUUUCCAUUCACAUCAGCUAGAUCCUAGGUGGUUUGAUGAGUGUGGUAUGUUGCCUGCUGGGGUCUCCCCUCAAGGAAUCCUUCGGCAAAGGGAGUGGGUGAGACAAACCUGGUUUUGUAGCAUGAAACGAAUAGUAUUACUGCUACUCCCCCCUGGAUCUGAUGAUAGUCCACGCAUGCAGUGUCAUCUCCAGCAUCAGGAGCCAAUGGGUUAUGAGUUCCUACCAGCAUUUAAGAGUGAUUUUCUGAGAGUGUCGA